CCUCUGCCCUCUCUGUUGGCUCAUGUUGUCCUCUCAUCCUCAUCAGGAGAAUUAAAAUCAUGUAAAGUUUUGGUGGGGGAACUAGACGGUGAUCUCUGGGACCCAUAGACAGGAAAGUUUGCUUACACCCAGCUGGGGGGAACACUAAUUGUCAUUCCUUUCCCCUCCCGGGGACCUUACAGAGUCCCCUUAUCCUCAGGGUACUGGGGGACAACCAGUGGGUAUAGGGCCAAAUAGCAAUAACCUUGUUACUUGCCAGGAAUUGGGUAAAGAUUUGAUUUAAUGAGCUUGAUUUUGGGAACUAAAAAAUGAAAAAAGGAAAAGCCAUCAUUCUGAAAGGCAACAGGAGAGAAAACUGCUAACAGGAUCUUGAUUGAAUUUCUCCCUCUUAGAGAAUGUUGUACCGAAGACACAAGACCUGAGACUUGUGUUAUUCUAGCAGCUGAACUGACCCCAGCGUCCUCUGAGCGGCCGUGGCGCCGGAAGCACUCUGGCCUACAGAGUUAUGGAUUCAUUAACAGAUCCUACUGUACGCUCUGACAGCUAUGACCACAAUGGUCCACCCACAAAUGAAUUAUCAGGCACGAACCUGGAGGCGCAUAUCAAUGAAAGUCCCGAUCCGAAUGCCCUGGAGGGAGUCAUCAUUGAUAGAAGUCCCAGUGACAGUGCACCCACAAAUGAAUUAUCAGGCACGAACCUGGAGGCGCAUAUCAAUGAAAGUCCCGAUCCGGAUGCCCUGGCGGAAGUCAUCAUUGAGAGAAGCCCCAGUGACAGUGCACCCACAAAUGAAUUAUCAGGCACGAACCUGGAGGCGCAUAUCAAUGAAAGUCCCGAUCCGAAAGCCCUGGUGGGAGUCAUCAUUGAAAGAAGCCCCAGUGACAGUACACAGACAAAUGAAUUUAAAGGAGCAACCAAGGAGACACUUACGAUUGAAACCCCACACAGCAGUGAAUGUAAAGGAGCAGGCCUGUUGUCACCUGUCAGUAAAAGCCCACACAGCAGUGAAUGUAAAGGAGCAGGCCUGUUGUCACCUGUCAGUAAAAGUAUGUUAGAACGACUUUCCAAGUUUGAAGUUGAAGAUGCUGAAAAUGUUGCUUCAUAUGACACCAAGAUUAAGAAAAUUGUGCGUUCAAUUGUAUCAUCCUUUGCAUUUGGAAUAUUUGGAGUCUUCCUGGUCUUACUGGAUGUCACUCUCCUCCUUGCCGACCUAAUUUUCAAUGAUAGCAAACUUUAUAUUCCUUUGGUGUAUCGUUCUAUUUCUCUAGCUAUUGCCUUAUUUUUUCUCAUGGAUGUUCUUCUUCGAGUAUUUGUUGAAGGGAGACAGCACUAUUUUUCUGACUUACUUAACGUUUUAGAUACCGCCAUUAUUGUGACUCCUCUGCUGGUUGAUGUCGUUUACAUUUUUUUUGACAUUAAGUUUCUUAGGAAUAUUCCCAGAUGGAUACAUUUAGUUCGACUUCUACGACUUAUUAUUCUGAUAAGAAUUUUUCAUCUGAUUCAUCAAAAAAGAGAACUUGAAAAGCUGAUGAGAAGGCUGGUUUCAGAAAACAAAAGGCGAUACACAAGGGAUGGAUUUGACCUAGACCUCACUUAUGUUACAGAACGUAUUAUCGCUAUGUCAUUUCCAUCUUCUGGAAGGCAGUCUUUCUAUAGAAAUCCAAUUGAGGAAGUCGUGCGGUUUCUAGAUAAGAAACAUCCAAAUCACUAUCGAGUCUAUAAUCUAUGCAGUGAAAGAGCUUAUGAUCCUAAGUACUUCCAUAAUAGGGUCAGUAGAAUCAUGAUUGAUGAUCAUAAUGUCCCCACUCUACAUGAGAUGGUGGUUUUCACCAAGGAAGUAAAUGAGUGGAUGGCUCAAGAUCCUGCAAACAUCGUAGCAAUUCACUGUAAAGGAGGCAAAGGAAGAACUGGAACUAUGAUUUGUGCCUUCCUUAUUGCCUCCGAAAUAUUUUUAACUGCAGAGGAAAGCCUAUAUUAUUUUGGAGAAAGGCGAACAGAUAAAACCAACAGCAGUAAAUUUCAGGGAGUAGAAACUCCUUCUCAGAAUAGAUAUGUUGGAUAUUUUGCACAAGUGAAACAUCUCUACAACUGGAAUCUCCCCCCGAGACGGAUACUCUUUAUAAAAAGAUUCAUUAUUUAUUCGAUUCGUGGUGUUGGAACAGGCGGUGUAUGUGAUCUAAAAGUCCGAAUAGUAAUGGAGAAAAAAGUUGUCUUUUCCAGUACUUCAUUAGGAAAUUGUUCGAUAUUGCAUGACAUUGAAACAGACAGAGUGUUAAUUGAUGUAUUCAGCGGUCCCCCUCUGUAUGACGACGUGAAGGUACAGUUUUUCUCUUCGAAUCUUCCUAAAUACUAUGACAAUUGUCCGUUUUUCUUCUGGUUCAACACAUCUUUUAUUCAAAGUAACAGGCUUUAUCUACCAAGAAAUGAAUUGGAUAAUCCACAUAAACAAAAAACAUGGAAAAUUUAUCCACCACAAUUUGCAGUGGAGGUACUUUUUGGUGAGAUGACUUACAAUUACGUUGUAGCUGGAUCCGAUUAAGUAUAGUUCCCCCUUCCCCUUCUGGGAAAGAAUUAUGUUCUUUCCAACCCCUGCCACAUGUUCAUAUGUCCUAAAUCUUCCUUGAUGAUAUAUCUGUAUUUAUAUAUGUUUACAUAUGUUCUUGAUAAAUCUAUUAAAUAUAUAGAGAUAAAAUGUCA